GUGGAUGACAUCUUAGGAGAAGGCAGUGAUGAAAGUGAUAGUGAAAAAAAAAAGCCAGAAAAGAAAGGUGAAAAACCUCAGAUGAGUGCAACAGAGACUCCAGGAAUGAAAACGGAUCAGAGACCUGGAUCAUCAUCGUCAUCAUCAUCAUCAUCAAGUGAAAGAAGCUUAACAUGCAGUGUACCCAGGGGUCACAAGCGCAAGCUGGAAGAAGAUGAUGCUGCCAGUGAAUCCAGUAAAGAAUCCAGCAAUGAAGAUGAGGAAGGAAGCAGUUCUGAAGCAGAUGAAAUGGCAGCAGCACUUGAAGCUGAAUUGAAUGACUUCAUGUGAUAUUCAUGCAGAAGAUGGAAUCUGUAAUUAUAUUUUACUUCUCAUAAACGGAUCGGACUUCAGAUGAGUCUCUUAUGUCAGUACUCAGUGUUUUUCCAAAAUGUGUAUGUAUAUUUUGCAAAGCAACACAAGAGGUGACACAUUAUUUUACAAAAUCAGAAAUAGAUGUUUUUAAGGUGUUUUAUUAAAGGAAAAUAUACUUUUUUAAACAAAAAAAGUAUUAAAUGGGACUUGGUGUGCUAUGCCAAAGACAUGUUAGGAGAUCUGCAGAACCUUCAUAUACAGGACAGUGAAACAAAGAUUCAUGAUUAAACAUACAGCAGCUUUUAAAGCAUAUUGCAGUCUGCAGUUUAUGGUGGGUAAUGGUCUUCACAAAAAAAAAAAAAAAGGAGGAGAAAAAGAAGUGGAAUUCAGCAGGAACCUGAUGAACUGGUCAUCCUUUUCCACAAAUAAAUGCUAUCAAGUAUAAAGGAUUUUUAAAAUAAAAAAAGAACGAUUUAUAUUUGUAUAGAAACAGGUAAUGUGAUAUGCAAGCUUUGUGAACUCUGCACUUGACCCCAUCUGUCAUUUGCUUUGAAGAGAAUACAUAAUGAUCAAAACUCAUGUUUUUAAGUUACUUUGUGGAAUAGUUGGGUUCUUUAGGGACAUCAUUUAGAUUUUUAACUUUUCUUCUCUGUACCCAGGAGUUUAGCACAGCAUACUGCGUGAUCCUGUAUUGCCAUAAAAAACAUAUUCACCCAUUUGUGUUGUCUUGGAAAGAACGAGUGCUACUUCAGUCUAGGUAGGAUUUAAUUUCUUUGACAAGAGUUCUGAUGUAAAGUUUUUGUAUAUUCUAUUUCAUAUUUGACCCACAAAACAGAUUUUCUUUCAUUUAAUAAAAAUUCAUUU